UCUUAGGAUAGACAACGGCACAGUUAACGUCCCCAGUUACAACGAAUUCUCGGGGAGUUAAUGAUCAAGCUUUAAUUGGGCAGGUGCAACUCUUCUGGUGCAGGUGAAGGCACAGCCGAACUGUGCUGUGAGUAGAACGAUGAACGAAUCUGAUACAGCAGGUUCUGUGCGCAGUGACACUUCAAGUCAAGACGAUCCAGAGGAUGAACUGGAAUUACUGGGGUGGUUCCACCAUGACCUCUCCCGACACGCCACGGAAGCCCUUCUCCUCUCCAAUGGUAAGGACGGGAGCUACCUUCUCCGGAAGAGCCAUGAAGGUCCCAGCUCCUAUGCUCUUUCUGUCAGAGCAAAAGAUUCUGUCAAACACUUUCAGGUCACACGGUCUGGCACCACUUACACCUUUGGGUUUAAUGAGUUCCAAUCGAUUAAGGAGUUUGUCAGCCACUUUGCUAACCAGCCCCUUUUAGGGAGUGAAACUGGAACUAUUAUUGUAUUGAAAUGUCCCUAUCCCAGAGAAGUGGAGGAGCCAUCUAUUUAUGAGUCUGUGCGCGUCCACACAGCCAUGCAAAGUGGGCGCACAGAGAAUGACCUAGUUGCCAAUGCUGCCUCGCUGGGGACAAAGGAGGGCCAUCUUAUGAAGCAAGGAGCAAUAAUUAAGAACUGGAAAACUAGAUGGUUUACGUUGAAUAGAAAUGAACUAAAAUAUUUCAAAGAUAAAAUGUGUGUAGAGCCAAUUCGUACUUUAGAUUUAAAGGAAUGUACAGGCGUGCAGUUUGAUUACACCCAAGAAAAAGUCAAUUGUUUUUGUUUAGUAUUUCCAGAGAGAACAUUUUAUCUGUGUGGAAAGACAGGCGUGGAAACUGAUGAGUGGAUCAAGAUUUUGCGAUGGAAAUUGGCACAAAUUAAGAAAAGCAGAUAACAUACCAAAAUAAUUUAUUCUGACUCUGCCAAGACAAACAGUGCACUGCAGACUUUUUACUAACAGUGUGAAUAUGACAAGUCUGUUCGACUUGUGAAGAUGAUAAAAGGGACUUUUGCAGUUUCUUUCCUGUUCUGUUUCUUUGAAUUUUUAAGAUUAAGAGUUAACGAAGCCAAAUAAUGAAGAAGAUCUAAUGACAACUGGGUUUGUUAUUUAUACUAUUAUUUGAACUUGGAGUAAAAUCACUGCGAGAAUUAGUUUUCUACAGACACUUUGUAAGGUUAAAACGUGGAACAAAAGUAUACAACACCAUCUGUUAAAACUAAACAAAUGAACUGAAAGGCAUGUUUUUUUAACAAAUAUAUUUUUAGGUCAGAGGUAAUGCUUUACAACACUUACCAUGUGAACAUCUCUCUCCAUUACCAUUGCAACAAACUAACAAGUCCUUUAUUGUUUUGAACUUUGACCCAAUUAAAGUUUUGCCAACAUACACCAAAAAUAUCACACCAGCUAAGAUAUACUUGGGUUCUCUGCAUGCAGCACAGAGGUUUCUAUUCAGUCAGAGGGGGUCCUAUAACUUGUAAUACAUGAUGUGAAUGUGAUUUGUCAUUUGGCAGGAUAAAUUGAGUAGAUGAACAACAGAAACACAUGUGACUGGCAUCAAUAACUUUAAAUACUUGAUCCUAAAGUUUACAGUAAUAUUAAAAAAAAAAAAAAAAGAUAUAAAAAAAAAAAACUACCAGACUUCUCAUCAAAAUGUUUGUAUAACUUUAUUACCCAGUUUCUUUUUAGUACUACUGAAUAUACACUCUAAUGCACAAUGAUAAACAGCACACCAAUAAGGGACUUGUGAGAAUGCUGUCAUGCAAAUAGGUGGUAAUAUGUUCUUUACAGCUUUGGUUAUUACCCCCUUAAGUUCAGUUUAUUGAUCAAAAGGGAGUAUACAUAUUUUGGUCCUAUCUUCACUGGUGCAGAACUUCUCAAAUACAGUACAAUUUGAACUGAUAUAGAGAUAUAUUAACCUUUUGUCACCAAUUAUUGUUAACAGGUGAGG